ACCAGGUUAAUUUACAUGGCGCCUUGUUUAUUAAAAUAAUUUUUAAAAUUAAUUUUCCCUCUCACUCUCAAUAGGGCCGUUCCCCAACCGUACGGCCCUUCGCCGCGCCGCCGUUCAGCGCAGCACUGGCCACUCAGUUCCCGGCUCUGUUUCUGCACGUCGUCAAUCCACCACGCCGCAAUGUCACAUUCGCUUCGCACGAUUCCUUCUGCUUCCCAAAUCUCUUUCAACACCAACUUGUAUUUGUAUUUUUGUUAGAUUAGAAUUCAAUUUAUUCGUCUUCGUGUUACAAUUGAAAAAUGGAUUCAAAUCCGAAACGGGAAUGGUCCAUCAACGACUUCGAGAUCGGAAAACCACUCGGGAAAGGGAAAUUCGGCAGAGUCUAUGUCGCCAGAGAAGUUAAGAGUAAAUACGUGGUUGCAUUGAAGGUUAUCUUUAAGGAACAACUUGAAAAGUAUAGAAUUCAGCAUCAACUAAGGAGGGAAAUGGAGAUACAGAUAAGUCUUAAACAUCCAAACAUCUUGCGUCUCCAUGGUUGGUUUCAUGAUUCUGAACGUGUUUACUUGAUUCUUGAAUACGCUCAUAAUGGUGAGCUAUACAAGGAGCUUAGCAAAAAAGGUCAUUUCUCAGAGAAGCAAGCUGCAACGUACAUUUUAAGCCUCACAGAGGCAUUGGCAUAUUGUCAUGAGAAGCAUGUUAUUCACAGGGAUAUCAAGCCUGAAAACUUGUUGCUUGACCAUGAGGGUCGUCUUAAGAUUGCAGACUUUGGUUGGUCUGUACAAUCUAAAAGCAAAAGACAAACCAUGUGUGGAACUUUGGAUUAUCUAGCUCCGGAAAUGGUAGAAAACAAAGCUCAUGAUUAUACAGUUGAUCAUUGGACUUUGGGUAUCCUUUGUUAUGAGUUCCUCUAUGGUGUUCCUCCAUUUGAGGCUGAGAGUCAAGCUGAUACCUUCAAAAGAAUAGUAAAGGUUGAUCUGAGCUUCCCUCCUACCCCUAUUGUUUCUUCAGAUGCCAAAAAUCUGAUAAGUCGGCUGCUGGUAAAAGAUUCCUCAAGAAGGCUCUCGCUUCAGAAGAUAAUGGAGCAUCCUUGGAUAAUCAAGAAUGCAAAUCUUAUGGGUGUUUGUGAGUAGUAUGAACUUUAGUCCCCCAUGUAUAAAUUAGGUCUUGAGAGAUGAAGUUGAAUUCUUCAUCUUGCAUUGCAAUGUGAUUGCAUAUUAAUGUGUUUUCUAGAGUUCAAUCGUGACUGAAAAGCUUCAGAUUCGUUGAACAAAUAAGACAUUUUCGAUGAAAACAUUACCAUGUCUUUUAUUUUAUUUUAUUUUUUGUAACACUUUACUUCUUUAAUUUUUUGUAA